GAAAUCUCACAGAAAAGGAAAGAAAAGCUAACAUAUGUUGGACAUUCGACGUGCUGAAAUUUGGCAGAUAUUACAAUAGUGUGCGCUACCGGAUGGAUGGAUCAGAGUGUAAGGUUGAGAGCAGUAAGUCUAAGGCACAGCUAAGGGCUGAACGAAGAGCUAUUCAAGAAGCGCAAAGGGCUGCAAAAGCUGCUUCUAAAAGUGUUGAAAAACCAAAAGUCAAACAAAAUGCUAAUGCUUGUGAGCCUGGACCACACAGUGUGAAAGAAAAUGAACUAAAGGUCAAGUGUGCAGACGUUACAGUCAAGUCUGAAAACAAACCUGAAUUCACAGGCACAAAGGCAUUAUGCGAAGAAAAAAAGCACAACAUUUGUUUCGAUUACUCAGGUAUAAAAAUUGCUGAACUCCCAACAUCAAGAAAUCAAGAAUCUUGCCGGGUUCAUCUCUUUAAGCAUCUUGACCAACCAGAUAAGCGUAUAGAUGUCAUCAACCACAUUGGUCUAGGCAGUCAUUCUCCCAUCCAUCCUUCCUUUCUCGCUCUGGGUGUUGAUUUUGACGAGGGGCGAAUACGGGGAUCCAACGAAAGAUGUUUGACGUUUUUAUCAUCUUGUGAAGAACUCGUGCGUUCAUUUACUUCGAGGUCACGUGAUGAAAAAAUGAGUAAUCACAUUGGUACAAAUGAAACUCUCUUUUGCCGGAAUUUCGGACCAGUCCUCCAAACUCAUGUAAACUUUCUCAAACUCUGUCGUCCACUCUCCGUUACAAUAUAUAAUGCUUAUCAAUACUUAAAGCAGACGCUCACUCGUUUAGAUUCUGUAGAAGACUGGGAAGAGUGUCGAGUGAGUUUUUUGUCUGCUAUUGAUGAAUUUAGACGUAGUUCCAUCUUUCUGGCAGGCGACGAAAUUGUAGACCGUACAGUCAGCUUGAUUCGCCCUGGUGAAUGUGUUUGUACAUUUGGAUAUUCAUCUCUAGUGGCCAAAGUCUUGGAAAAGGCAUGGAAGUCAUCAUAUAGCCCAUCUAUCAAUCAAGCUGAUGUAAAUGGUUUAUUGGCAAACAAAAUGAAAACAUGUCGUGUAGACGGUAAACCAGAUCUGGAAAGUAGAACCACAAAUAGAGUAUUCAGCGUUUUGGUUGUUGAUUCCCGUCCCAAAUUUGAAGGGAGACGAAUGCUAAACAGAUUGUCUAAGGCAGGUAUACCCUGCGAGUACACACACAUUGGCGCAUUACCUAGUGUCGCUAACAAGAUUUAAUAUUACUGGUGUUUAAAUCACAAUAUGGUCAGUGUGCAAACAAAGUAAUUUAGGAGGAGCAACAUUAUUGAAUCGACACUUUGUAAUAACAACUGAUAGUCGUAUAUGUAUGUCUACAUCAAGUUGACGUCAGCGGUCGACGGGUUAUAAGAUAUGAUUAUCUAAGCUGAGGUUCAGAGAUUGUCACAUAUCACUGGUUAUCGUGGGCGCCCACGCGCUUCUUAGCAAUGGUUAUGUGCUUGGACGUAUGGGAACUGCUCAAGUGGCCAAUAUUGCUGCUGCUAUUUCGCAUGCUCCAACGAUGGUUUGUGCUGAAACCUACAAAUUUUGGGAACGGGCUCAUUCCGAUGCAUUUGAAUACAACGAACUUGGAGAUCCUGAUGAUAUUUGGCGUGGCCCCCGAGGCACAUCAUCUGACUACAAAAUAGGCAUUCCUGGUUACGGUCCUACAGGGUUGGUAGACAGAAAUGGGUCAGUUACAACUGAUUUGUGCGACUGGCGUUCAAAUCCGAAGCUUAGAUUGUUGCAUUUGGAAUAUGAUGUUCUGCCGCCUACACUUGUCACAGCUGUAGUAACUGAAAAAGGCACUCUACCUACCACUUCUGUUCCUGUUGUACUUCGAGUAAAACAAGCCUCGUUGCCUAUUGUAUGAUCUGUAUUUUUGUAUUCUUUGCACUUUGAAUUAUUCUUUGUUAUUCUUUGAUGGUCUAUUGUUAGGAUAUAUCAAGUUAUAAGUUAUAUGCACAACACUUACUGUGAUGCGUGUACUUUUAGUGUAUUUUGUGAUGGUAUAUUUUGUUUGAUAUUAUUUGAAGAAAGAAAACAAAAGCAAACCUUUAAUAUCUGUAUGGUAGGUCUGUAUAAAACUUUAGUAAUUUCUUUAUCGACUUUUUUUUACCCCACUCCUACACAAAAUAGGUUGCUUAUGAAGCAUAUUUUUCGGCAUGCAGUAAAGAGAGAUUUUCGCCUGAUACCUGUACUAAUUAGUGCUUAAAAGCAAAAUAUGAUUAAUCUGUCUGUCUGGUUUCAAUAUAGAACUUUGCACCGAUGGACAGCAGUUCGUGUCGCCACACUUAACUCAGCACACAAAGCUAGAGAAGAAGAAGAAAGUAAAUAGAGACAGUAAACAAAUGUAUGAGGCCAAAAGAAUAGCAAUGUCGAAGAACAAUGUGGUUUUAUUGGAAAUUAUAAGUCACAAGGGUGAUUGCGUCUGCACCAUUGAGAACGAUUUUGAACCAUAUCACCGAUUAUCUCCAACCAUGGUUUUUACCGU